GUUUUGUUACUGAACUCCCGUCGGUGAGCAUGGGCCAAGAAAGCACAUUUACAGCUCAAAAAAGAGCCGGAGCACUCCCUACAACCGUCACGGCCAACGGCGGUGUCCGUGGCCGCUCCCCCAACGUAUUACCACGCGGCCGUCAGAUCGACCGUACCUUCAACAAUGUCAAAAUCACCAUCCUUUGCGGUUUCGUCACUAUCCUUGUACUCCGUGGCACCAUUGGUAUCGGCAACGUUUCAUCCUCGGAAGCAGAGGCUGAGAAUCAGAAUUUAAUAGAAGAAACUAAUCGGAUCCUCUCCGAUAUCCGUUCCGAUAAGGACCCGGAUGAUCCAGCAGGAGAUCAACCUGAGACUUUCAUGAGUCUUAAUGACACUUACAGUUUAGGGCCCAAAAUUGCUAAUUGGGAUAAAGACCGGAAAAUGUGGCUUCAGAAGAAUCCAGAAUUUCCCAAUUUCGUUAAUGGUAAGCCUCGGAUUUUACUUGUAACUGGGUCUCCUCCAAAUCCUUGUGACAAUGCAAUUGGGGAUCAUUAUCUGUUGAAGGCGAUAAAGAACAAGAUUGAUUAUUGUAGGAUUCAUGGUAUUGAAAUUUUGUAUAAUUUAGCUCAUUUGGAAAAGGAAAUGGCUGGUUACUGGGCCAAACUUCCAUUGAUUCGUAGGCUAAUGUUGUCUCAUCCUGAAGUGGAGUGGAUUUGGUGGAUGGAUAGUGAUGCUUUGUUUACUGAUAUGGUUUUUGAGAUGCCUUUAUCAAAGUAUAAUCGUCAUAAUCUUGUUGUUCAUGGAUACCCAGAUUUAUUGUUUGAUCAAAAAUCAUGGAUUGCAUUGAACACAGGUAGUUUUCUUUUUAGGAAUUGCCAGUGGUUUCUUGAUUUGUUGGAUGCUUGGGCCCCAAUGGGACCUAAAGGUCCUAUUCGCGAGGAAGCUGGCAAGAUUUUGACAUCUUAUUUAAAGGGUAGACCCGCUUUUGAAGCCGAUGAUCAGUCUGCCCUAAUUUACUUGUUGGUAUCACAGAAGGAUAAAUGGAUGCCCAAGGUGUUCGUUGAGAAUUCAUAUUAUCUACACGGAUAUUGGGCGGGGCUAGUUGAUAGGUACGAAGAGAUGAUUGAGAAGUACCAUCCUGGUUUAGGUGAUGAGAGAUGGCCAUUUGUUACACAUUUUGUAGGGUGCAAGCCUUGUGGGAGUUAUGGAGAUUACCCCGUUGAGAGAUGCUUGAAAAGCAUGGAGAGGGCUUUCAAUUUUGCAGAUAAUCAAGUGCUUAACUUGUAUGGGUUCAAACAUAAGGGCUUGUUGAGUCCCAACGUCAAAAGGAUUAGGAAUGAAACUGAUCACCCCCUGCAGUACGUAGAUCAGUUAGAUGUUCGACAUGCAAAGCCCAAGCACACGGGAACUUAGAGCUAGGAGUAUACUGUCUUUCGCUGGAAAAAAUCUUCAGUUUUUCGUGGUCUUGCUUGGGAUGUGCUGACAAAAGGAUUGAUCUGUCUUUGCAUUAAUCAAAAAAAGAAAAAAAGGAAAAUAGGUUUGAUAUGUCUCGUAUGAGAAUGGCACUCUUGGAAUGAAGUGCUCUUGCUCUUCUGCCUCUCUUUCUGUGAUAGCGAAGCAUUGCAAGAAGAGGGCAGAAUGUCAUUUUAUUCGAUCUCCCAAGGAGUAAGUUUGUUUUACAUUUACUUAUUUGUUGCAACAUUUUAGCUCCUGAGCAAGUUGAGAGAAUCUCAGAUGAAUUAACUGAUGCUGCGCAAAACGAACCACUUCGAAUCAUCAAGGAACCAGCUUCAUAUCAUGAUCUCACUUGUAUAAUCGCAAUCGUGAUUGCUAGUCUCUUGUUCAUUUUUUGGUAUAUGGUAGUGGACAACAAAAUGUUUAGUUUGAACUUGGAAGUAUUACCAGCAUUAAUACAUGUUCUUUUAUUCUUUUGCCU